AUGAAAGCCAAAAGACAAUACAUCGAGAAUCUCCCUUCGAGUAAAAGAUCAAAGGUGCCUUUCCCAUCAUUUAACGGUCUAAAUUAUGAUAACGACUUUAAUAUUACCCCUAACAGUUCCAACAAUGAUUUAAAAACCAUUCUAGUUGCUGAUACCAGUAAUUUGUGGUUAGAUUCGUUUACUAAAGAUUUUGAUAGUAUUCCAAGUUCUGGCUAUCUGGAAAUCCCAUCAAGUGGUGGUGAUUCCAUGAUACAUUCUUUGGAAGAGGCUCUCACAAAUUACGUCUAUAAAGCUGAAAAUCCAGUCAGCUUCAACUUCGAAGCAGAAAUCCCCUUAGAUAUUGAUCCCUCUAAAAUACCCUUCACCAUGAUGGGAAAUAAUUUAUUUGACACUUUCGAUAAUAACCCAAGCAUUACAUGGGAUACUAAUAAUGCAGUCACUUUCAUCAAAGAUGAACCUAAAACAUAUCACACCCCUGACUCAAUAGAGCUGGAAAAAGAAUAUGACACAGAAGAUGAGCUGUUCAUCACUCCAGGUACUCAUUUCCGAGUAACUUUUAAUAAAUUCGGUGAAAGUAAAACUACUUAUUUAACAAGAAGUCAUUUCGACAUUUCAGAGGCUUCUUAUAGUUCUCCCCAAUUGAAUAGUGAAAAAGUUUUAGAGACAGUGCACAAUGAAUUUGAUAUGAUCAAAAAAGCAGGUAGAAAGUUAUUUGUCCCUUACAAGAAUGUUUCCAGAAAAGAGAUUAAUAAAGAUAGUGAAAGAAUCACAAAAGCACGUCAUCGUUGGAUGCCCACUUCAAUUAAUUGUAUUUUUCAUCAGGUAAAUUCUAAAGAUUUAAGGAUUCCUAGGGAUUGUUGUUUUGGAUUAUUGAACUGUAGACCUCAAGCUAAAGCUUGGAGGAGAAAACUUAAGUUUUGUUAG